CUCACCAAAGUCAUUAUAAUAUCGUUGGCCAUGAGGUGAGUCCGUGUGUACGUAGUCGUGCUUCAUGGCGUGACCCGGAUCCAUAUUGAUUGCCUCGAGUGCGAACAAAGGUCUCUUUGAGGGUGCUCAGCUCCGGCUCUCCAAACACCAAGUCGAAGAGCACUGUUCAUUCCACACCACGGUUCGUUGAGGAAGUAAUUGCCACACGCGCCAUAAUAAGGAUGGAUCGAGGGACGUUUCUUUACGACAGGGGUAUUGCUAUAUACGAGCACGAAAUGAAAUUGCCAUCAAAUAAUUGAGGGCCGAAGAAGGAAAGUUAUGGGGAAAGUAGUAGGUGGCAAAGCCGGCAACGUGAACAUGUACACUUGGUCUUCUGUGGAGCGCAUAUUAUUAUUACGUGAACGCCUCGGCAACAGCUCGCGAAACUUGUUCUUCCCGUUCACUUGUGCAACUGCAGCAGUUUUAUCCAAUAUCCAGUGACUAUGGUGGGCUAAGCUCGUCCCAGGAGGGGAAACCUUCAAUAGAUUCAAAAACACAAGUUCGAGUGACCUUCGGACAAUCCGCUGAAAGGCCUCUUCGAGCAUCAUGCUACAACCUAUUGUCAGAUGUUUCCAAGAAUUCUCCGCCCGAUUCUGGGACCACACAUUCUGGUUGCCCCAAGGAACCACUUGGGCGGACUUUGAAAACCGGCCAGACUUUGCCCAAACUCAUCAGCUAUCCAUUCCUGUGAUAUGCGCUUUGAUCGCUCUUUUGGGACGGGUGCUCCUUCAAUGCUUUGUGUUCCAACCCUUGGGCCGUUGGAUCGGGCUCAAGGACCGAUUACCACGGCCCCAACAUCAUGAAGGACUUGAGGCCGUUUACCAGGCCUCCAAGCCCAAGAAGAUGCCUUCCACUUCGACGCUCUCAGAGCUAGUCGGAUGGUCCGAGACGGAUAUCCUCCAAUGGUUUCUUGAGCGUGCUAAAUAUGACAAACCCACCCGGAUGGACAAAUUCUGUGAAUCUGCCUGGAAAUCCUUGGUGUACGUCAGUUUGUAUGGCUACGGUAGUUAUGUGCUAUGGGACAAGCCAUGGUUUUGGAACAUCCUGGAAUGCUGGCACCAAUAUCCACAUCAUAGCAUCUCCAAUGGAAUAUGGAUGUACUACAUGGCCGAAAUGACCUAUUAUUGGAGCUUACUCAUCUCGCAAUUCUUCGACAUUAAGCGUUCCGACUUCUGGGAGAUGUUCGUACACCACAUUGCCACUAUUCUUCUCUUGAGCCUGUCUUGGGUGUGCAAUUUUGUCCGUAUUGGCACGCUCGUCAUGUGGGUCCACGAUUUAUCGGACGUGUUCCUCGAAUCGGCCAAGAUGUUCCGUUAUGCCGGCCGGGAAGCCAUUGCCCAUUUCUGUUUCUAUUGCUUCGCCCUCUCCUGGAUGAUCACUCGAUUGGGCCUCCUUCCAACUUGGAUCUUGUACAGUGUUGUGAUUGAGUAUGUUCAAAUCCUGCCCAUCUUUGGCGCACAUCAGGUCUUCAGUGCACUACUAUCCUGUCUCUUAGUGCUCCAUUUAUUCUGGGCCUACUACAUCUUUAAAGUCGCCUACUUGGCCUUCUUCAAUCCAGAUGGCGUCAUCGAGAAAGACCUUCGGAGUGAUACUGAAAGUGGCGACGACGAGGAUAGUGACUCGCCCUAGCGGCCGAGGCUGGAACUAAUCAUGAGCAUGUUCCACGUUCCAAUGUUGCAAUCUUAGGCACCAAAUCGGGGUCAACGUGGCACAUCGUCGCAAAAUUGUUGUUCAUGAAUUGAUCUUGCCUUUAAAUUUGCGAAUUACAUUCCGAGUCCAAUCUAGUGCUUUUCAGAGUUUUGAAGCGCUAACACUGCAGACAUUUGGGAGUAUCAUAGAACAAGAAUACGAAAUACCCUAUGUGUGAGGUUCUCCUUCCCAUCUCAUUGUACUCUCUCCAGUUCCAUUUGGGUGUCCCCAGGGGAGGGGAUGGAGGAUGGCGGAAAAAGAAGACGAAAGGGAACAAAGGAUCGGAAGAAUUGGAACCACUGGAGCCACGACGAAAACGACGACACAUUGUACAUCAUGGGCGGUGGAGAACUGGAGGAGGGAUGAAGCGGAAGAAAAAUGAAGUGUCCAAGCGACAACGACGACAAAUUACUUCUUGGACCCAAUGCCAACAGCGAGCCCGGGAACGGGAGACCCUUGCGUGUCGAGCCCAGAAAAGGGUCCAAAUUGCUCCAAAUCCAAUAAGCCAAAAGUCAUCAUGAGAGCAACGGAAGAAACAGACCGAGAAAGAGAUGAGUUCAGAGGGAGGGACCAAUGGACCAAUACGAGCUCUAGAAGCGUGCUUAACAUGUAGUACAGCAUAACUCCGUUGGGCAAAUGAGACUGUUUUGAGAUUCCUCUUUUUGAUCCUCCUGUUGAUUAAAGGGUCCUUUUGGACUCCCCUA